GUGAAAUGUCAUUGUAAUUUAUACCUAUUACUUCAAAAUUCCAUGUCAAAAUAUUAUUUUGUUGUCCGAAAAUUUCCGUCUUCGAAAAGCUUGCAAUUCAUUCAAAUUAUUAGUGUUCUACCAAAGUCGUCAUCAUGGUGAAAUUCGAAGAACCAGAUGAACCUCCAACAAGACGUUCUACCGAGUCACGGGAAAGGAUGCGCGCGCGCAAGAAAACCGCCGGAGUCAUCGUAGCCAAAGUGGAUCUGGGGCGAUUGCGCAAGAAAAUCAUCAGUUGGUGGGAGAAAGAGAGCAUACAAUAUGCAUUCAACAUUCCCCAAGUGAGAACCCGCCUGGAAAAGUUAAUGGGCACAAACUAUGUCAGUCUAACAGACAAAGAAUAUAUGCAAAGGCUGCAGCAACGUAUCCUUGAAGAUUAUGAGGAGCAGAUGGAUAAGAGAAUUAAGAUUCGGCAGGAAGAAGAAAUGGAAAGAGUUAAAAACUUAGUCCUUCUGGGUAAAAUCCCAUUGGAUCAAGCGCCACCGGAAAUGGCUCGUCACCCUAUAAUGCUGAUAGAGAAUUACUGUAAUCAAUUAAUUGCCGAAAGAAGGGCCAAGAUGAGAAUCUACAAAUCCAAAAUUCCGACGUACCUCUAUUGGGACGACACUCCCGAACCACCCUCGGGCCUGUCCAUAGAAUCCGGACACGUUUUCAGAGCACCAGACGAGAGACUGUGUAAUCCGGUUCAACAACAUCUGGAAGCCUCCGAAGAAGACGACAUUUCAGUUGGUUACAUGAUGAGUCCGGAGGAAUACGGCAAAUUUAAAUACGAGAGCUCGUUGGUGAAGAGAUUGAUGGCGUGCGAGACCGUUGAAGAAAUGUACGCCCUAGCCGAUGACAUUAUAGGCGCUUUAAAAACAAUAGAGGUAUCAUCAAAAGUACCUGAAGAAAAUGCAUCCGAAACCUUAGCAUCUAGUUCUUAAGUUCAUCCUAUCUUGCUUUAAGAUAAACAAUCAUUUGUAUCGCAUAUUGGUAUAGGAAUAAAACCAUUAUUGGAUUAUAGAGUUAUGUGUUUAAUUGAAAUUCAG